UGGGAAAAGCACGUCGGAGAAAAAAGGAAAACGACUCGAGUGACGUCGUUCUCCUUAACUAAAGCCGAGGAACGUUUCCCUUCCAGCGCCUCUGCUUUCUCCCCGAGAAAUGGUUUCCUCCCGGUCUCGCGAGAGCGGGCGGCGGCGCUCGCGCGCACAUGGCCCUGCCAGGGGCACCGCCUCCCCCGUGCGUGCGCGCAUGCGCUCUCCCCUCCUUUUCGGCCGAGGCCUCCCCGAGCGGCGUGUGUGAGACGAUCGGGAAGGCCGCGCAGCCCCCCCGAGUUUCCCAUGCAGGAGACCGAGGAGAGCCUGGCGGCGGCCGCGGCGGCCUCCCCCCCCAACGCCCUUUCCGCCGACGCAGCCGGAUCCGGAGGCAGCGGCAGUAGCAGCGACUCGGAGGCCGAUCGGCCGCCGGCGGAGUCGCCUAAGGGGCGGCAGGCCGAACCGGAGCCAAAAUCGGAGCCGGAACCGGCCGGAAAAGGCGGCGGCGAGGAGGCUGAGAAGGAGGAGAAGGAGGGAAAAAGCAGCGGAGACGAAGAAGCCGGGGAGCCGCCCGAGCAGCCGCUUCCUCCCCCUCAGGAGCUGCCGCCGCCGGCCGUGAACGAGGAGCCUUCUCAGUCUCCGCCGGCCGUGAACGAGGAGCCGCCUCAGUCGCCGCCCGCCCGAGAAGAGCCGCCGGUGGCCGCCGCCAACGAGGCGCCGGGGGAAGAAAAGCCCGAAGAGGAGAAGGAGGAGAAAGAAGAAGAGGAGGAGGAGGAGGAAGAAAAAAGAGGAAGAUCGGAGGAAGAGGAGGAGGCGCAGCGGGAGUCCGAGCCGGAGCCGCCCCAGCAGCUCCUUCCUCCGCUCGGCCCGGACGAGGACGAGCCCUCCUUCAGCGACCCCGAGGACUUCGUGGACGAUGUCGACGAGGAAGAAUUACUGGGAGAUAUUCUGCAAGAGCUCCCUCAGGAAGCAGAUGGUAUCGAUUCUGUGAUUGUGGUGGAUAACGUCCCCCAGGUUGGACCAGACCGCCUUGAGAAACUGAAGAAUGUUAUCCAUAAGUUUUUCUCAAAGUUUGGGAAAAUAACCAAUGAAUUUUACCCAGAAGCUGAUGGCCAGACUAAAGGGUAUAUCUUCUUAGAGUAUAUGUCUCCCACUCAUGCUCUGGAUGCUGUAAAAAACACAGAUGGUUACAAGCUGGACAAGCAGCACACUUUCAGGGUCAAUCUUUUCACUGACUUUGACAAGUACAUGACAAUCAGUGAUGAGUGGGAAAUCCCAGAGAAACAGCCAUUUAAAGAUCUGGGGAAUUUGCGCUAUUGGUUGGAGGACCCAGAUUGUAGAGAUCAGUAUAGUGUAAUUUUUGAAUCUGGAGAUCGAACCACUAUAUACUGGAAUGAUGUUAAAGAUCCUGUUACAAUUGAAGAGAGACCGCGAUGGACAGAAACCUACGUGCGCUGGUCUCCAAAGGGGACCUACCUGGCUACAUUCCAUCAGAGGGGCAUUGCUCUGUGGGGUGGAGAGAAAUUCAAGCAGAUCCAGCGGUUCAGCCACCAGGGGGUGCAGCUCAUUGACUUCUCACCUUGCGAAAGAUACCUGGUAACGUUCAGCCCCCUGAUGGACACGCAGGAUGAUCCUCAAGCCAUCAUUAUUUGGGAUAUCCUAACUGGACAGAAGAAACGAGGGUUCCACUGUGAGAGCUCCGCCCACUGGCCCAUAUUUAAGUGGAGUCACGAUGGCAAAUUCUUUGCCCGGAUGACAUCUGAUACUCUUAGCAUCUACGAGACACCUUCCAUGGGCCUGCUGGAUAAGAAAAGUUUGAAAAUCACAGGUAUCAGUGACUUCUCCUGGUCCCCAGGAGGAAACAUAAUUGCCUUUUGGGUCCCUGAAGACAAAGAUAUCCCGGCGAGGGUGACCCUGAUGCAGCUCCCCUCCCGGCAGGAGAUCCGAGUACGCAACCUGUUCAACGUGGUGGACUGCAAACUCCAUUGGCAGAAGAACGGGGAUUACCUCUGUGUGAAAGUGGACAGAACUCCGAAAGGCACCCAGGGUGUGGUGACCAACUUUGAAAUCUUCCGCAUGAGAGAGAAACAGGUUCCGGUUGAUGUGGUGGAAAUGAAAGAGAGCAUCAUAGCCUUUGCUUGGGAGCCAAACGGAAGCAAGUUUGCUGUGCUGCAUGGAGAGACGCCCCGAAUAUCCUGUUCUUUCUAUCACGUGAAGAACAAUGGGAAAAUAGAGCUUAUUAAAAUCUUUGACAAGCAGCAGGCAAACACGAUAUUCUGGAGCCCUCAAGGACAGUUUCUGGUGUUGGCUGGGCUUAGAAGCAUGAAUGGUGCCUUAGCUUUUGUGGAUACCUCUGACUGCACCAUGAUGAACAUUGCUGAGCAUUACACAGCCUCGGACGUGGAAUGGGAUCCCACCGGCCGCUACUUGGUGACGUCUGUGUCUUGGUGGAGUCACAAGGUGGACAAUGCCUACUGGCUGUGGACUUUCCAGGGUCGCCUCCUCCAGAAAAAUAACAAAGACCGGUUCUGCCAGUUGUUAUGGAGACCCAGGCCGCCAACUCUGCUCACCCAGGAUCAAAUAAAGCAAAUCAAGAAAGAUCUGAAGAGAUACUCCAAAAUAUUUGAACAGAAAGAUCGCCUGAGCCAAUCGAAAGCCUCCAAGGAACUGGUCGACAGACGGCGAACAAUGAUGGAGGAAUUCAAAAAAUACCGCAAGAUGGCCCAGGAGCUGUACAUGGAGCAGAGGAACGAGCGUUUGGAGCUCCGAGGAGGAGUAGACACAGACGAGCUGGACAGCAACGUGGACGACUGGGAAGAGGAGACCGUUGAAUUUUUUAUCAAUGAAGAAAUUAUCACAGUGGCAGAGGCCGAGUAAUCCCAUAGCUGUGCACCCCCAUCGAUCGUCCAGAGAAGAGAGUUGUUCCUUUUCAGGAGAUCUCCUCACGUUUGGAAGUUUUUUAAAUCCAUAUUUUUUCUCUCUGGAUGGUGACUGCACAGGAUCCAUUCAUUCUGACAUAACUGUAGUGCCUUUUGGUCUUCAACAGGAUCCCCUCUGGGCUCCCUCAAAAGGCACUGCUUUUAAUUUUGUAUUACUUUAUGGGGGAGAGUUCAGUCUAAUCUUUAGCGAUCUUACCACCGGAAUGAGCUGCUGCUGCUGCUAAAAUGCUCUCGGAACAUCAGGGAUGGCUCCCCGCCCAAAGGCAGCCAAGAGACAUUUUCCAGGAUCUUGGGGGAAACUCCAGGGCUCUUAUGUUGCCGAGGACGGUUGCUGCGUCCUGCACCGACGGGGGCCGGUGUGACCCAGAGACAGGCCAGCCGGGACAGCUCUCCUUUCCAGGGUGACUGGUUGUGUUGAAGCUGCAUGGACUCGACUCUCCCAUUCCGAUUGUGACAGGAUCUCUCCAUGGGUUGUACAUUGGAAAUAAAGCAAGCCAACACGCA